CAGCUUAAGUUCAGUAGUUGUGAGUAGUUGAAAAUUUUUCACUGCGAAAAUGUGGGAAGCAAGGAUUAGAAAUGUCGGCUUCAUUAGUUUAGCAAAAAGGACAUACUCCUUUAAUACAGGAGAAGUGAAUAAUUCAUUCCUACCGUUCAUUUACAAUAGAAAUCCGAGAAAUUUGGAGCGGUUACGUAUUGCUCCUAAACCGAUGGGUUACGCACUGGACGAUAAACCAAUGAAUUACUGGCAUAGACUUGUUGUUGUGCAAUCCAACCAACAUGUUGGCGCCUACAUUGAACACUUCAGUGGAAAGACAGUUAUUUCAGCAUCAACCAAAGAGUGGGCAAUCAAACAGUUUCUAAGAAGCACUUCAGACACACAGGCUGCAGCAACAGUUGGCAAAGUCCUUGCUCAACGAUGCUUAGAAUGUGGUUUGCUGGAAGUACAUUCAAACUAUGUCAUGAAUCUGGUUUCACCAAAAGUUUCAUUACUUCUAAAGAACAUCGAAAAAGGAGGGAUCUCACUUAGCGAACCGGAGCAAUUCCUUCCGCAUAGGCAUUGGAGUCGUGAGGCUAAAGAAAAUCCCACUCAAAUAUAUGAAGAAAUGCAAACAAAAUAAGCUAGCUGAUUCGAAAAUUAAAUAACAGUAAAUGAGAAAAUUAAAUACAAUAUCAUGUCUGAUU